CAGUAAAACCUCCACGUACUAUAGUCGUCAGGUCCUCUCCUUCCUCGUCGAUCUCCGUUAGGUUCAGGAUUUGGCCCGCACCACGAUGACUUCUGAAGUCUGCAGAGAUGUAGUGGACCAGGAGCGAGCGGAAAACGUCGAGGACAGAGUUGUGAGGAGAGACGGCCCGUUUCGCUUCUUUCUGCGCGGGCUGUUCUGGCCUUUUAGCCUCGUGGUACGGGCCUACCGCGGGUUUCGGUGGGUGCUGGGCUUCCGGGAGCCCCAGGAGAGAGUCCUCCCCAAUCCGGCGGCUUCCAGCCCUGCUCGCCACAGCCUCACCGGUCGCAAGCGUCUCUACCGGGUCACCCGGCUGCUGCUGUCCGUCCUGCCUCGCUGGGCGCAGGGCGCCCUCGGCUACCCGGUGUCCAGCAGGAUUGGACUGUCCCUGUCUCCAGAAAUUAGUGUAUCUCCCACUAAACCAUAUGGAAAGGGCAGCAAGCGUAAACAAGAUGAGCUGGAGGAUGAGGAGGAGCAUCAGACUUGGGUGGAGGCACUUUCUCAGGAGCUUGCAGAUGAAGGGUCAGAGGAAGAUCCUGACUAUGAGCCUAGCACCAUAGAGACAGCAAGUGAAGAAUACACCUCCCACAACGGCACAGAAAGUGAUCUUGAGGUCCCAGGGGAGGACAUUGUCAUUGAAGAUGUGAACACAGAUAAUGCUCCAGUGACCAUUGCUGGAGACUCUUGCCCUACUGUUUAAUGUGUCAUAUUGACAGUGUGUUUAGGUGUUUGAGUGUUUUUUGUAUGUUUAUACUUUUUGGUAACAAAUAAAACUUUAUAAUUUUGCCUUGA